AUGGCCAUCACAGACUCAGUACCCAUAUUCGCAGAGGGCACAUAUGAGGAGCAGAUCCUCGAGCUUGUAAAUUAUCUCGCCCGCGCGCUGCCCGAGGACGGCCGCGCAGCAUACAUCCAGCCAUUCCAAGAUGCCGUCGCCACACCAGAAGACCAAAAACCCGUUGACGAGGAGCCGGAGAGGAAGCGGGAAGUGCUCGGGUCAGUGCUGCAAGAAGUGAAGGGCCUGGGGGAGGGCUCGGAGAAGGAGAUCGAGGGCUUCUUCAACCUACUUUUCUCUCACCUCCUCACACUUUACCCUCUCGACGCCCCCGAAAUCCGCACACGACUUGAUGCUCUCCUCAAAGCGAUCUCCUCUUCACCCGGCCACUCAUCUACGAAAUAUCGCAUCUUGACAAACCUCUUCAACGCCAUUCCUCGAAGAUCGAGUCUUCGCUUGCUCGUGUAUACUGCUCUGCUCGAGCAAGCAAGCGCGAACGACGAGCUUGACAUCCUCGGGCUCUCGCAGUCCGAGGUUGACAAGUGGCUAUCGGAGUGGGAGAUCUCUUCCGAGGAGAAGAGCGCAUUCCUGAAGCUCAUUGUGGACACAUCUACCAAAGCAGACCAGGCCGCGACUUCGUACGAGUUCCAGCUCUCAUACGUCCGCUCCCUCCCUCCCUCUUCGCCAGCCGCCCACUCCGCCGCCAUGGACGCUGUCGCCGCCGCCCUCCGCCUUCCCUCCUUUUUCGACUUCGACCCUCUGUUCCGCCUCGACGCCGUCGUCGCCGCGAAGAACCACGAGCUCUUCUCCCUCCUCCACAUCUUCCUCAACGACGGUCUCGCCGAGUACAAGACGUGGGCGUCCAGUAAUGCCGCGGCCCUCACGAAAUACCAGCUCGACGGCGCGCAGCUGGAGCGCAAGAUCCGCCUCCUCACGCUCGCCACGCUCGGCUUCCAGAACAUGGGCCGCGACGUCCCCUACGCCACCAUCGCGUCCGCGCUCCAGGUCGAUCCCGCCCAGGUCGAGUCCUGGGUCAUCGACGUGAUCCGGGCGGGUCUCCUCAGCGGCAAGCUCUCGCAGACCGCGCAGACGCUCCGCGUCACCCGCGCGUCGUCCCGCGCGUUCGAGCGGCCCCAGUGGGAGCUCCUCGAGAAGCGCCUCCAGGUGUGGAAGGCCUGCUUCGCCGCCGUGCUCGAGACCGUCUCCGCGACGCGCAGGAAGGGCGGGCAGGCAGCGACGCCCGGGGGCGACGCGGCUGCGGCAGCAGGGGCCGUCGCCGCGUCGGGGAUCGAGACGCCGCAGGCGGCGGCGCAGGUUGCUGUCGCCUGA